GUAACCUGUCUCGGCUCGGCUCCUUGCGGCCUGAGCCAAUGCGCGUUUUUACUAUUUUACAUUGUGUUUCUUUUAAUACAAACAAUCAACAAAUUCUAACAAAGCCUACUCUGGCUUUAAAACAUUCCAUACUUAAUUGUAAGUGUCACCUCGCAAAGGAUUCAAAGUAAAAAAAGCAAUGGCUGCUCGACUUCUAAAAGAUCCAGCGACUGCUGGAAGCAGAAUAUUCAUAGGUCAUCUCCAGACUGAAGAUAUGUCCCGUAACGAGUUGGAAGACCACUUCUCCAAGUAUGGAACGAUUGUUGGUUCAUUGCUGAACAGAGGUUUUGGUUUUGUACAAUUUGAGAAUGAAUUGGAUGCUCAGAAUGCCAUAAAAAACGAAAAUGGCUCUAUGUUUAAAGGCAGAAGAAUAGAUGUGAAGCCAGCCACAGGCGGCAAAGCAGCUGUCGCUGCUGCCGCUGCUGCUGCAGCUGGUGGUGGUGGUGGUGGCGGCGGUGGUGUUGGCUCUGGCAAUUCUGGGGGUCCUGGUGGUCCAGGAGGUUUCGGAAAUGACUCUUUCAACAGCGGCAACUUUGGAGGUGGAAAUCAGGGCUUCAAUAAUUCCAAAUCAUUUGGAAAUGAUAACCAAUUCAAUCGAGGUGGUGGUCCUGGAGGAGGCCCAGGAGGUGUUAGUAGUGGACCUGGCGGUUCUUUCAACGAUCAAGAAGACUUUAAUAAUAGAAACGAUUCGUUUAAUCCAAACAAAGAUCAAAAUAAUGGGCCACCCUUUGGAGGUCCUGGAAAUCGAGGGGGUCCUGGAAAUCAGAAUAAAAACCAAAAUCAAGGGGGAAACCAAAGGCAAAGAGGAACUCGAGGUGGUAAAAAUCGAAAAAAUAGAGAUUCCUCUAUGGAUGAUCGCAUGGGUGGAGGUAUGGAUGAUCCGUUCAAUGAUCGAAUGGGAGGACCCGGCGAUCGCAUGGGAGGACCUGGAGAUCGGAUGGGAGGACCUGGGGAUAGAAUGGGAGGACCUGGUAAUCGCAUGGGAGGACCUGGCGAUCGUAUGGGAGGACCCGGUGAUCGCAUGGGAGGACCCGGUGAUCGCAUGGGAGGACCUGGCGAUCGAAUGGGUGGACCCGGUGAUCGCAUGGGUGGUGGUAUGAGCGGAGGCAUGGGUGGUGGUAUGGGAGGAGGGAUGGGUGGGGGCAUGGGAGAUCCAGGAAGAGAUCUCGGAUCUGGCUUAGGAUCAAGCUUCCGAUCAGGAUUAGGUGGCGGUCUUGGAAGUGGAUUAGGCAGUAGUUUUGGUAGCCUCGGGAGUGGUAUUGGUGGAAGCUUAGGAAGUAGCUUUAGAGACAGAAGCCCACUGGGAAGAUCUGGACGGCCCAUGGACGACAAAUCAAAUCCAUUAGCCAACUGGGAACUCAAUAAACCAUCACAGGUUGGGUCUGGAGGUCCUGGACCAGGUGGGCCACCUGGACGUGGAAGCUUUGGUGGUUUUGGUGAUCACAAGAGUCGCUUUGAUGACUUCAAAGGACUGGGAGGUCCUGUAGUAUCUGGAGGACCUGGAGGCCCACUAAGAGAUGGACCAGGAUUUGGCCCAGCUGUACCAAAUGACUAUCCAUCAAUCGCUGCAGAGAAAAAUGAUUGUGAAAUUAUCGUAGUCAACAAAAUGUUAACAGAGUAUGCUGAAAUGAUCGAAUCACGUUUGAAAAAGGAAGGAUUAACAGUUGAUUUACUCUUCCCAAAUGAAGAUGUACCACUGACUCGAGUACUUGGAAACAUAUGCAGUCGCGGUUGUUUAUACGCCAUUGUUAUUACACCUACUAAUGAAAAACACCGCUCUUUAACUUUAAAUAUUUUACAUGGAUUGCCACAAGAGCACAGAAACAUGCCAGUCGAAGAUGCUGUAUCGUUGAUUGGGCGUGAUUUUAAAAACUACAAAACCGGAGGAAGAUCUGUACCAUCGAAUAUCCCUCAGUCACUUGACCGUCAUCCUGAUGCUAUCCAAGUUCUUCUCAAUAUGUUGGCAGAUAAUCUUCAGUUGACCGUACUUCAGUAUGAGGGCUUGAUAAAGUACUUAACCAUAAGGCGAGAAGAGCAAGUACAGCUAGAAUUAGGCGAAGAUUUGAAAACUCUAGGCGCAACACCUUUGGUCAGCGACCCGAAACAGGCCGAGCUACAGUCUAGAAUAUUAAACAUACUCAACAGCAACAAAAACCCAUCGGUAGCGCCGGUACCCCCAGUUGUCGAAGCUGCACCUAGUCCAGUUCCACCUCCAGCAGCAGUGACGUCGAAUAUGCCCGGAAAUCCAACGGUCCCAACAAGCACGGUUACGCCUUCACCUCUGCUGAACAAUCCCACUGUACAGAAGGCACUUGAUAGCCUAUUUCAAGGCAAUUUGUUGAAAAACAUUGGCGAUCAGCAACAACAGCAGUCGGUUCCGGUAAAUUCUUCCGGUCCGACUCCGCUUUUUGCUGCCUUUUCCAAUAUGAAUCGUUUCUAAGCUCAAGAUAAGAUAAGAAGAAAUAAGAAUAAAGUCGCGUCUUUAUUUCCUCCUCCCGCCUUCAUCAUCUACCUUUUCUGUAAUUAUCCUUUUUUUUACUCUUACAGUAAGUACCUUUCCCUUUACCUUCUAAUUCGAUGCAUUUUUUUAUUCAAUAAUUAUAGACCAAUUAAAAUAUACGUGAACAGCAUGUAUGUAUUCAUAACAACUAGAUUAGCUAUUAUAAUAGUUGUGACAUAAUUAACUGAACUUGUAAUAAAUGUCUCUGUACUCUCAAA